GUAUCGGUUUACGGCAACAUGGCGGCCUGCUGGCUCGAGCUGAGAUUCCAUCGUCUCUGACCGUUACAAUCGGUAACUUCAUCAUGAACGUCCGGACGGCCAGCAGCAGACCCGGAGACCAGUAAGGCUCGGCUCGCGAAGAUGAUGGUGUGUUUUGGGAGGGUUUCCUCACUGUUGUGCCGCAGCUCAAUAAACGCUCGCUGGGGAGGGUCCGCGCGGUGCGUCGGUGUGUGUUGGCUCGAGCCUGCAUCAUGGCGGCUCAGACACACACCUGUCACGGAGGGUGCUAGGUUAAACCUGUCUCAGGUGGGACUCAAGUGGAACGACGGUCGCCUCGCGUCCUGGAGGGGGCUCCUCCAGCAGACGAAGCAGAGCCCAUGGGACAAACGAGGAAGCGAGCUGCUCUACCGGGGAGGUCACGAGAGGUCGGCGGUCAGUUUCCGGUCACUGCUGUCACCCAAGGCACGGGGGCUGUGCAGCGGAAAGAGUGAGGAGGCUUCGGACAAGCCACCGGCAGCGGACGGAGGUGAAGGCGCAGUACCGGGACACGGCCUGUUCAAGUUCAAAGAACUGUACGAAAAUCCGUGGACAAUCCCCAACCUGUUGUGUGUGAGUAGGAUUUUGCUGGCGCCUUUCCUGGGUCACCUGAUCAUACAGCAGCACUUUCACCUCAGCCUGGUUCUCUUUACUCUGGCAGGAGCUACUGACCUGUUGGAUGGUUACAUCGCCAGGACAUGGCCCACUCAGAAGUCGGCGUUGGGCAGCGCUCUUGACCCGUUAGCCGACAAGAUUCUCAUCAGUGUUUUAUAUCUCAGUCUCACCUAUGCAGAACUGAUACCAGCUCCACUGACGGCCCUGGUUAUUUUCAGAGAUGUUGGUUUGAUAGCUGCUGUCUUCUGGGUUAGAUAUAAGACCGUACCUCCACCGGUGACCCUUAGUAAGUUUUUUAAUCCCUGCUAUACCACAGCACAACUCCAGCCUACACUCUUCAGCAAGGUGAACACAGCCAUCCAGCUGUGUCUGGUGGCAGCGUCUCUGGCUGCUCCAGUCUUCCAGUACACAGACAGCGUCCUGCUGCAGUGCUUAUGGUAUGUAACAGCAGUGACUACGGCCGCGUCAGGAUAUAGCUACUGGCAUUAUGGCCGCAAGACUGUCCGGGUGUUAAACACCAAAUCACCAUGAUAACCACACCUGGAGACACACCGAGAGCAGAACAAAAGCAGGAAACAGGCGCUGCAGAGACACUGAUUAGCUGUGGCAAGAGAAGGACAGACGGACAGUCGCCAGGAGCUCUGAAACCAAGUAGUUGUGACAACCAUGUAUGAGUCGCCAUGGCAAUGACAUGCGGAGACCAACUGAGGCCGCAGAUGGUUUACUGCAACUCUGUGGAAAUGCCUAACAGCAGCUCUACCAGACUGGACUGGAGACAGAUAAAAACAGCAAACACAAAUAUAGAGCAUCCACCCACUCCCUGAAACAUACACAUCAGAUUUACGUCAGGUUAUACGCCAAGAGCUGCUUCUUUUGUUUUUUGGUUCAAUCAAUCACGGAGUUGCAAUGUCUCAGAUCAUUGUCACAUGAUUGUCAGUUUUGUAAGUCAAUGAUUUGAUUAAAAAAGUAAGUCUGCUUUGGUCUGA